AUGGUUAUAAUGCCUUUACAGGCUUUAUUGGCCAUUUUAAUGGUUUUUUGUGUACGUAUUUUUCUAGUUAAGUGCUCCAUAAAUGACAGGAUGUUCGAGCCCGUAAGUACUGUUAAAGUAAUUAUGGAGAAGGACAUUAAUGCUGAUAAGAUGCCAGUUAAUGAUGUUGCUGGGUGUAGCGGAAUUUUAUUCUGCUACCCCAGCCAACUUUCUCCUAAUUCGGAAGGAACUUGGAAAUUUAACAAAGCCUAUGAACUGACGAAAAAAGGCGAAAGUCAACUCUGCCUCAACGCUCUAACGGAAACGAAGGAAUUUGAAAGGCUUAAAAAUAUUCCAUGGAACGGUCUGAUGGUUUUUAAAGAAGGAAAGAAUGAUAUGGAAAUUUUUGCUGAUAUAUUCCUCAAAGAGUAG